AUGGGACGGGCUCCAAUUCUGUACGUGAAGGAGAUCUCGUAUCCGAUUCUGGCGGCGUUCGGGAUACCCGCAAACGUGGUGACGGCUGCGAUCCUGUACCGGGGAAAAUGCGGUCUCUCCAGAGGAAUCACGCGUUACAUGGUGGCGAUGGCGAUCUCCGACCUGUUGGUGCUCAUCUUGCACGUGUUGCUCCGAGAAAUCCAUAUUUACUAUUCCCCCAACUCCUUCCUGUCCCUCAGCGCAGUGUGCCCUACAUUUGUCUACCUGAGGAUCGUCGCCCUGGACAAUUCUGUCUGGUUAACUGUGUCCUUCACCUUUGACCGUUUUGUCAGCAUUUGCUGUCCGAAACUGAGACUCAGAUAUUGCACGGAUAGGACGGCCGCCGUGGUUAUUGUGUCCUUGUGCUCGCUGAGCUGCUUAAAAUACAUCCCCUUUCACUUCAUGUACGAGCCUCUCUACGUCGUGGAUAAUGUGAACUGGAGGUGUCGGCCUAUCGCCGCCUACUUCAUCUCAGUCUGGUGGGGGGCUUUCUCCUGGUUGUGUAGCAUCUCUCUCUCUUUACUUCCCUUUGUUCUAAUCCUGUUCCUGAACGGGCUGACGGUCAGCAACAUACUGGCGGCCGGCAGGGUCCGCCGGCGCCUUAAGGGACAGGAUGGCAAGGACAGUGAGACGGAGAAUCGCCGCAAGUCCAUCAUCUUACUCUUCACUGUGUCGGGCACUGCCAUACUCCUCUGGACGACGGGAGCCGUGACUUUCAUCUGUACUCGAGUCACAAUAAAUUUCGGGGGCGGGGAUCUCACAAGCCCCUCGACCGUCGCCACUGAAGUGGGGAACUUCCUUAUACGAGUCAGCUCCUGCGCCAACACGUGCAUCUACGCAAUGACCCAAAGCAAGUUCAGACAGGAGUUGAAGACCGGGCUUAAAAAUCUAACUCAGUUUAUCAUUAAACCCAUGAAACUGGUGCGGCAGUCGAUCUAG